GACGAAUUGCGAGGUCUAUGGACGAACCGAGGAAGGAAGAAUGAACACGGCAGCCGAUUGCGAGGAGGAAGUGGGAAUUUCUUCUCCCAACAGUACCGUUUCGAGUAUAAGCGGGAAGAGGAGCGACAGGGAUCAACCGGACACCACCUAAUCCGCCAGAGAGGAUCUCGACGCCGCCGGCUCCCUGGGCGGGAUCAGAUGGUGGAGGCGGUGAAGGCGGUGGAAGCGGAGGUGGAGAAGGUGGCAACGACAGCUGUUGAGGCGGUGGGGAUGAUGAAGGCGGCGGCGACGGAGGAGGUGGCGGCGGUGGAGGCGGAGGUGACAGAGGAGGUGGCGAUGGAGGAGGCGGCCAUUUUGAGAGAUUGAAGAGAGAGAGGAGAAAGAAAGGAGAGAGAAACUGAGAUGAAGAAAUGGGGGGAUGACUAAUAAAUUAGUCUCUCACCUCCUAC